AGUGCCAAAUGUCGUUCGCAAAACACCGAACAAAGAGUCAAAAACCCGUAUAACAAAUGAAACCAGGCAACUACAUUAAUCGGCUCAUGGCUACUCGUGUUCUUCACGUAUCGAUGCUAGCCAUAAUCUCCCUGUUCGCCAUGGAAGCACAGGCUGCAUUGCGAUACACCGUGACGAACAAUGCGGGGACCACCCCUGGUGGCAUGCGCUUCACCAACCAAAUCGGGAUUCCGUACACUCGACAGACUCUCGCCUCAGCCACCAACUUUAUCUGGCAAACCUUUCGCCAGGCCAGUGCGGCUGAUCGGAAGAGCGUACAACAGGUGAGCUUGUUCAUUGAUAACGUGGGGGGAGUGGCAUACACAAGCGGUGACCAGAUCCACGUCAGCGCGUCAUACCUGGCGGGCUACUCGGGGGACGUGAAGAGCGAGUUCACGGGGGUGGUUUAUCACGAGAUGGCCCACGUCUGGCAGUCGAACGGGGCAGGCCAAGCCCCUGGAGGGCUGAUUGAGGGGAUCGCUGACUUUGUGAGGCUCAAGUCUGGGUACGUCCCAGGUCACUGGGUCAAGCCUGGGCAGGGGGACCGGUGGGACCAAGGGUAUGACGUCACGGCCCGGUUCUUGAACUACUGCGACGGGCUGAGGAACGGGUUUGUGGCGGAGCUGAACAAGAAGAUGAGGACUGGAUACAAUGUUAGCUUCUUCGCGGAGCUGCUAGGAAAGAGUGUUGAUCAGCUUUGGAGUGACUAUAAGGCCAAAUAUGCUCAAUAAAUUGCAUUUGGCUAAGAAACUUAAGGCCAAAAAGAAGGAACUACUUACUGUACUGAAGUGUUUCCAUAAUCAAUAAAACGAUUAUUAUCCGAA